GUGCGUGGCAUGCGAUGGCCGCCCCCUCGGACAGCGAGGACGACGCGUUCAUGGCCGUCGACGCGGAGGACGGAGCAGACGGAAUGAUGGAGCAGGACGAGGAGCCGCCGGCCCGGCACAAGCGCUGCAUGUCGGAGCUGCCGGAGGAGGUGCUGGAGUACAUCCUGUCCUUCCUGUCCCCCUAUCAGGAGCACAAGACUGCCGCCCUGGUGUGCAAGCAGUGGUACAGACUCAUCAAAGGGGUCGCCCACCAGUGUUAUCACGGAUUUAUCAAAGCCGUCCAAGAAGGGAACAUCCAGUGGGAAAGCCGGACGUACCCGUACCCAGGAACCCCGAUCACACAGCGCUUCUCACACAGUGCGUGUUAUUACGACCCCAAUCAGUCCAUGUACGUGUUUGGGGGCUGCACGCAGAGCAGCUGCAACGCUGCCUUCAACGACUUAUGGAGGCUCGACCUCAACAGCAAGGAGUGGAUCCGACCCCUGGCCUCGGGCUCUUACCCGUCACCCAAGGCUGGGGCCACGCUGGUGGUUUACAAGGAGCUGCUGGUUCUGUUUGGUGGCUGGACGCGGCCGAGCCCUUACCCCUUACAUCAACCGGAACGCUUCUUUGAUGAGAUCCACACCUACUCGCCUUCCAAGAACUGGUGGAACUGUAUAGUGACCACCCACGGGCCUCCUCCCAUGGCGGGCCACUCGUCCUGCGUCAUCGGCGAUAAAAUGAUAGUCUUCGGUGGCUCCCUGGGCUCUCGGCAAAUGAGCAACGAUGUCUGGGUGCUGGAUCUGGAGCAGUGGUCGUGGACGAAGCCCACCAUAUCCGGUCCCAGCCCUCACCCCCGAGGCGGACAGUCUCAGAUUGUGAUUGACAGCGAGACCAUCCUUAUCCUGGGAGGGUGCGGCGGCCCCAACGCUCUCUUUAAAGACGCCUGGUUACUGCACAUGGACACAAAUCCUUGGACAUGGCAGCAGCUCAAGGUGGAGAACGAGGAGCACGGAGCCCCCGAGCUGUGGUGCCAUCCGGCGUGUCGGGUGGGACAGUGUGUGGUGGUCUUUAGCCAAGCGCCCAGCGGCCGCGCUCCCCUCAGUCCCAGCUUGAACUCUCGCCCGUCUCCGAUCAGCGCUACUCCCCCCUCGCUGGCUCCAGAGACGCGAGAAUACCGCUCCCACUCGCCCGUCAGAGCCCCGGACGAAGCCCCCUGUGUGAACGGUCGCUGGGGGACGUUACGGCCGCGAGCUCAGAGGCAGACGGCGUGCGGUUCCCGCGAAGGGAGUUUGUCCCCGGCACGUGGUGAUGGAUUGUCUCCCGUCCUUAAUGGAGGUAGCGUGUCUCCUGCGGCCGCUCUGGACAGCCCCCUGCAGGUUGUUUCCCCACCUGCCGCAGAAGGAUGUGAGGCUAAAGCCCCUCACUCGCUACCUGUCCGCAGGGGCUCACUGCCUGACCAGAAAGAGCUGUGUCUGGGGGCCGCAGAUUACACGUGGGAAAAGAAAAAAAAGGAGCUGGAGUUAGACUCUGCCAGCAGGAUCCCGCCGGAGCAGACCAACGGAGCUCACACUCCCCCGCACAUCACAACAACCCUGUCGGGAGCCGUGUCGCCCGGAGCCCUCCGACGGGGACUGGAGGCUGUCAGGGCCAUGACAACCUCGCCCGCUUCCUCCUCUUCUUCGCAAGGUGGGGCCGCCCCGCUUAGUCCACCCACCCUUUCCUCCCCUGGCUCGCCCGGCAGCGGGGCUGAAUUUGCCGCUGCCCGUCCAGUCCCAGCCCAAAGCGACGGGCAUUCCUUACCCCCCAUUGCCCGACGUUUAGGACACCAUCCACCUCAGUCCCUGAACGUUGGCAAACCGCUGUAUCAGAGCAUGAACUGCAAACCCAUGCAGAUGUACGCCUUGAACAUUCAGGGGUCUCGAGAAAAGGGCCGCGUAAAGUGGAAGGUGUUCAACAGCAGCUCGGUGGUGGGACCCCCCGAAACCAGUCUGCACACUGUCGUGCAGGGCCGGGGGGAACUCAUCAUAUUCGGUGGACUUAUGGACAAGAAACAGAACGUCAAGUACUACCCUAAAACCAAUGCCUUGUAUUUUGUAAGAGCCAAGAGAUAAUGUGAUGAAGUAACUGGACACAGAGACCUUUAUCUCAGAUCUGCCCCCUUCUUGCCUCCUUUUUAUCCGUUUUACACUACUUGCCCCCUAUAUCUGGUUUUAGCCCUGGAUUUGGCGACAUGAACCAAUAAAUAAAUAAAGUAACUGCCCUUUUUUCAGGUUUCCAUAGUUACAGUUGUGAUUUACCCUUCUCCCUGCUGCGAAUACCCGUAGACCUCCGCGGGGGGGGGGGGCAUUACCGGUAAUGUGCGAGGUUUAGGACUUUCAGGCACACGGUGGAAGUGUCGGCCUUGCCAGCUUUGUGAAUAACGAGGUUUGGUGGUGAAUAAAUUAAGAUACUCAUCUGUCAGAUCCCGAGUCUGUUUGUCGAUUAAUGUUUCAAAGAAGAAAAAUCAACAGUUUGGAGAAUGUAAUCCCCGUCACUGGAAUUUCUAUUUGUUCAAUUCAUGCAAAUAAACAGAUGGAACUUUGUUUUGGUUCUUAAACCUAACAUAA